AUGAGCGCCCAGGGGUACGCAUUGCCUACAAAACUGACGCGACUGUCUACGACCAUCGUUCACGACCUGCUCUUCGCCGACGACUACGCCCGCAACAUCACAACCGAAGUAGGCGUACAACGGAGCAUAGACCUCUUCGCUGCCGGAUGCGCCAACUUCGUCCUGACUACCAGUACAGACAAGACGGUGGUCAUACAACAACAGUCACCAAACACGCAACACUGCGCUCCUCCUCAAAUCACUUUCGACGGCAAAAAACUCAAAACCGUGGACAAUUUUGUUUAUCUUGGAAGCACAUUUCCCAACAACACCAGAAUCGACGAUGAGGUUGCCCACCGGAUCGCAAAAGCCAGUCAAGCCUUCGGCCGGCAGCAGAACUCCGUGCGGAAUCGCUACGGCCUUCAAGUGAAUGCUGAACUGAGGGUGAAACAAGGCCGUUGUCUGACGAAAUUUCUCUACGGAGCGGAGACUUGGACAGUCUACUCCAGCCAUGCCAAGAAGCUCAACCACGUCCAUCUCAGCUGCCUUCGCAGGAUACCAAAGCUGAAAUGGCAAGACAGGAUCUCUGACACGAACUUCUAG